GCCCAUGCAGCGCUGUGUUUGAAGAGAAAGAGGCCUGCAAUAGUGACACGAUGAAGGCCUCUUUAUCCUCAGCGCUCGGGAAACGGAGCCGGGGACGGGGAAGGCAGGCCGGGAAGCAGCUCCACAAACUGGGACUGGCGGUGCGAGAGUUCGUGGAGGCCUCAGUCCCGGCGGGGAACGAAAGCAGCGGCUGUUUGGGCCUUUCCCAGCCGAGGCCUCGAGGAAAGCGCCGCGAGUUGAGGCGAGAGAAGCGCAAAUGGAAGCGCAGGCAACGGCGGCGGCUCCUGAACGGGGAGAAAAUGGAGGAGAAGGCGGUCAUCAAGGUGGAAAGGCCUCCUCCUUCGCUGCCGCCUUCUUCAGGUAAAAAGGAGAAGAAGGAGAAGAAGAAGCCGCGAAAGGAGCUUCUCCCCACCACGAAGGCCUCGCUUGAGGCGCGGAAGAAGGCCCUGCUGGCAGCCAACGAGGCGGAGGAGAGGGAGAUCCGCCGCCUGGAGAGGCAGCUAGGCCUCGGGAAGCGGAGGAAGAAGCGGCGGCAGAAGGGCCUGGAUGAGACCGAGGCGGCGGCCUUGCCUCGCAGCUUCGCCCUGGACGGCCUGGGCUACGUCUUGGGGGCCUUCGGGCCCGGGGACGCCUUCUCCGGCCUCUACGAGAGCAGCACCGAGGAGGAGGAAGAAGGAGGAGGAGGAGGAAGAGAGCAGGAAGACAGAGGAGGAAUGGCCGAAGAAGAGGGAGAAGAAAGUGAAGAGGAGGAGGAGGAGGAAGACGGUGGUGAUGCGGAGGAUUUGAGCAUGGAAGGAGAAGCUUCAGACAACGAUGAUGUGGAAGAGGAGGAGGAUUUGAGCAUGGAGGGAGAAGCUCCAGCCAGUGACGAUAAAGAAGAUUUGAGCAUGGAGGGAGAAGAAGGAGAAGCUUCAGAAGACUCCAGUGUGGAAGAAGGAGAAAAAAAGGAGAGUGAAGAUGAUGGAGGUGCCGUCAAUGGACUCCAAAGUUCAGGAAGCAGAACUUUGGAGUCAUCUCAAGAGAUCCUUACCCAGAGUGCCACAAAAUAUGUUCCCCCUCAGAUGCGAAGGUCUGAAGAGACAUUAAAUGCCAAGAAGAUGGAAGAAUUGGAAAGGCUGAAAAAAAGUAUGAAAGGUUUAAUUAACAGGUUGAGUGAACCAAACCUAGCCUCCAUAAGCGGACAGUUGGAGGAGCUAUACAUGACCAACAGCAGAAAAGAUAUGAAUGAAGUGCUAACAGAUAUUAUCACCAGUGCCUGUGUUACGGCAGCUGUCAUGCCAUCCAGACUGGUGAUGGAGCAUGUUCUUCUCAUUAGCAUCCUUCAUCGGACAGUGGGAAUCGAGGUCGGUGCUCACUUUUUGGAAACCGUGGUGAGGAAAUUUGAUGAAGUCUACAAAAGUGGGACUGAAGGAAAAGAAUGUGAGAACCUGCUUACCUUAAUAGCUCAUUUGUAUAACUUUCAUGUAGUGCAUUCGUUGCUGAUCUUUGACAUCUUAAAGAAGCUUGUUAGCACUUUUUCUGAAAAGGAUAUUGAACUAAUGCUGCUGCUACUGAAAAACGUGGGCUUUUCCCUGAGAAAGGAUGAUGCCCUGGCACUGAAAGAACUUAUCACGGAAGCCCAGAAAAAAGCCAACGCUAUAGGGAAGCAAUUCCAGGACCAGUCACGGGUUCGGUUUAUGUUGGAGAUUAUGCUGGCGCUCAAAAAUAAUGACAUGAGGAAAAUCCCUGGUUAUGAUCCUGAGCCUGUUGAGAAAUUACGAAAGCUGCAGAGAACUUUGAUUCACAGCAGUUCUGGAAAAGAAGCACAGCUUCGUGUGUCCCUGGAGUCCCUCCUCAGUGCCGAUCAGGUUGGUCGCUGGUGGAUUGUGGGAUCAUCCUGGAGUGGAGCCCCCAUGAUUGACAGCCCUAGUGACAAAGUUCAACAAGUACUUCCUAUAGGAAAGGUGAGUUCAAAGAUUCUGGAUCUUGCCCGUAAACAAAGAAUGAACACAGAUAUUAGGAGGAAUAUAUUUUGUAUCUUGAUGACAAGCGAAGACUUUCUGGAUGCCUUUGAAAAACUUUUGAAGCUUAGGCUCAAAGAUCAGCAGGAGAGAGAGAUUGUCCAUGUCCUCAUAGACUGUUGCCUCCAAGAGAAGACUUAUAAUCCCUUCUAUGCCUAUUUGUCUGCCAAGUUCUGUGAAUAUGAAAGGCGAUUCCAGAUGACUUUCCAGUUUAGUGUAUGGGACAAAAUCAGAGAUCUGGGAAAUCUAUCACCAACUACUUCUUCCAAUUUAGUCAAUCUCUUGGCUCACCUGUUGAAGACAAAGUCUCUCUCCCUUACUGUUUUCAAGGUAAUUGAAUUCAGUGAAUUAGACAAGCCCAAAGUCCACUUCUUGCGACAAGUAUUGUCUGUGCUGCUGCUAAAAACAGAUCCAGAAGAUCUUAACCACAUCUUUGGAAAAUUGACUGACAACCCCAAGCUAGGAAUGCUUCAGGAAGGUUUGAAGCUUUUCCUCACCCACUUCUUGCUGAAGAGUGUACAGUCUCAUAGAAGUGUUGAAGAAGCCACUGUACUGAGAGAGAGAAUUGAACUGGUAUCUAAAACUUUGAAAGCAAAAGAAUCAAGAGUAAAGUUAUAGUAUUAGAUGGUACAGAUUCACUGGAUGUGGACUUAAUUGAGAAAAAUGAACUAAAGUUUUAUAAUUAUUAAUGAACUGGGAACUUCAUGUUCUGAACAUGGAGCUGGAUUCGGUUUGGUAUUCAAACCCAUCUGUGUAUAUUUUAAAAAUAUGCUAAUGCACUGAUGGUAUGUAAUUAUGGUUAUUUUACCUUCUGUUGUCACAAGGCAGGGACACCAUUAAAAUCUGAAUAAGGUAAGCAAUGUAUUUUCAAAAGUAAAAUUUCAUUUAAUUUGUAGCCUGAUCCUAUUAUAUAUAAAGAUUUAUAUGUGAUCUUUCAAAAGAUAUAACUAUAUGAGCUAGACAGAUGGUUAUCAAUACAUUUCUGGUACUUAAGGGCACAGGGAAGGGAAAAGCCAUUAAUAUUGCUGUUACUUACCUGAGAGAACACCUCUGUAAGAAUUUAAUCAAAUCUACAAAAGUCGAAAGUGCAAAUGUGGACAUUUAGAAAACCUUGGCCAGGCCUGCAUGCAUAAACACUUGGUGAAAGAUGCUUAGUGUCAGCACGGAACUAUCAUGGAUUUUAGCUCUUAAAGAAAGCCGGACAAUGAGACAUUAAACCCCUAUUCUGGUUUUUGGAUUAGCAUUAACAAGAGAACACAAAGAGAUCUGUUUUGUAGCUUGGGAUAAAGUGUGACAUGGAUAAAUCACGUGCAUAUUCCCCCUUUGGCAGAGCUUUCGCGCUGCAGCACCUGAGAGUCCUGAGCUUCUGCAGGCCUCUGGUGGCAUUGUGUACUUUUUUCCAUAGUGCAACAUGAAGGGAGAGGAUGGGUUUGAGAUCUGCACUUCUCCCCUAAACACUAAUAUGUCCAUGUGGCUGCCCCACUUUACCUUUGGCAGCUGAACAUUGUUCUUCAGACAUCUGGAAUAGUUUGAAUGGUAUUGUUCACAAGAACCUGAUACAUUUAAGCUGUCAAAAGCUGGGGGUCCAAGCUGCACCCGGGACAUUUCUCUGGGGAUGAUAUGUGUGUAAAGUUUUAAUAUGUCAAACGCAAUCCCUUAAUAAUCCCAUACUGGAUUUUUUUUUAUGCCUUCGGUGCAAGCCCUUACUUGUGACAGAGAACUGAUGGUACUGCAAAUGUGUUUUCUGUCGAGAAAUAAACCUGAAGGUUGAAAGCAUUUCAGAGCUUUUGUUUGGAAAUAGCAAAAUAAAUUCCUUUUUACCCGAGGCUACAAAAUUCAGGGAACAGAGAUAUUUCCUCCUUUAGUUGGAUUAGGAAAGAAGUCAGCCAUUCGUAACUCCAGCACUAUUUUGGUGUGAUAGGCACGUUAAAAGUCAUGCCCGGGGAUUUGAGAUAUCCAAAGUCAAGUCCCUAAAGUACCAUUAAAUACACCUUAGACCUCUUACUUGGCCUUGGGCAGGAAAGUCAUGUAUACUCAUUAUGAGCUCAUUGAUUAAUGCAAAAAACAAAUGUCUAAAGCAGUGGUUCCCAAACUUUUGUCCUCAGAGUGUUUUGGACUUCAACUAGAAGCACCAGCCAACUACAUCAACUGUCAGAAAUUCUGGAAGCUGGAGUUCAGAAUAGUUGGAGGACCAAAGUUUGGGAACCACUGCUCUAAAGUCUGGCUAUGAUGGGGCAGCGAAAAAUAACAAUAUAGAAGUCGGGGCUGCUAGUAGACUAGAGGCCUGAUAACAGCCUAAGCUCCAGCUAUCCAGGUUUGACAGGGAGAGCCCUGUCUAUUUCUCUGCUUUCCAACUUUCUCAGCUGCUUUUUAAGUGUCCCUGUUCGUCACUCUUCCUUCUAGUUUUAUAAAUUGGAAGAGAUCUCAGGGCCACCCCCUCUAAUUGUAUUCUGCCAUACAGGAACACGAAGCACUCUCAACAGAUGGCCAUCCAGUCUCUUCUUAAAUACCUCCAGAGUAGGAGAAUCCACCACACUCCCAGAUAGUCUAAUCCACUGUCAAACAGCUCUUGCCAUCAGGAAGUUCUUCCUAAAGUUUAGGUGGAAUCUCUUUUCCUGCCAUUUGGAUCCAUUGCUCCAUUGUGUCCUUCUAUUGAUGUAGCCUAGAACUGCCUUGGAUUUUUUAGCUGCUGCAUCUCACUGUUGACUCUUGUUCAUUUUGUGAUUCCCAGGUCCCUUUCACAUGGAUUGUUUUCAAGCCAGGUGUCACCCAUCCAAUAUCUGUGCAUUCCCCCCCCCCUUCACCUGCAAACUUACAUACUUCUUAAUUGUCAUGUAUAAAUAAAUUCAACAUGUGAGGUUUACAGCCAGAAUUGAAUAGAAAAUUGGAAUUUUGACUAUUCAAUUACCAUCUUUUUAACAUUUGUAACUAGUAUGGCUAACAGAUCUCCAACUAUGUCUUAAUGUCUUAUGCAGCAGAAAGGCCUCCUUUGCUUACAUUGGUAAUCAUAAUGUCUAUUCAAGGAAGGGUUUUUUGAAUUAGCACUUUGCUGGAGAUGCAAUACUGCUAAUGCUUGUUUAAUGCAUAUAUUUCGGAGUUGUCCCAUUGUAGCUAUAUUUGGGGGGAAAUCACAUGAGUAAAUACGGUUUUGGAAUGUUCCUUGAUAUUCAAGGACAUGCGUGUCAUUUUGAGUUAUUUACCUGUUUCUCAGAAAUUAACAAAUGAUCAAAGGGAGUGCACUUUUCGGGUCCUUUUGACUGCCCAUGUUUGAUACUUUGUUACUAGAAAAAUAUUUUUCUCCACCUGUGAGCCAGUGGAUACAAUGCUUGCAAAUUGAUUUCUGGGCAUUUGAUCAACUUUUAUAGAAACUUAUGACUUACGGUUAUUUUGCUAUAUUUUGCAUUUUAAUUUUCUUUCUUUUUUCAUACUGGGACAUUAUUGUAAAUAAUUUACAGUUUGAAUGUAAAUAAAAAUUAAAAUUAGAUAAAAAUA